ACCAAUCUGAACGCUUUCAAAAUGGCGCCCUCCUCGCGAAGCACGCACUAGCGUGUUUAAAGUUGGGAAACGAAACAAUUCGUUAGAUAUAUAGACAACUCUCGAUUAACCAGUGCCGAGCGACUACUCCUGCUUCGGCACUAAGGUUGCGACAUGGCUCACAAGGCGAUCGCCUUCAUUAAGGCGCCGCUGUACAACGGCGUCGGCCGAUACGUGUGCCAGCUCCAGAGGCUCACGCUGACCUUCUGCAAGACGCACGGCAGCAGCCGCGGAAUGCGCGAGUACAUCGAGCGGGAGCUGGUGAACUUCGCUCGUGAAAACCCGGGCAUCGUGGUGUACCUGAAGCCACGCCGGCACCGCGACCCGUACAUCGUGGGGGAGUACCUAAACGGCCAGCGCGACAUGAUGCGCGUCAACGGCCUCACGGCGAGCGAGCUCGUCAAAUGGGUCGACCACUUCCGCACGCGCUCCGGCGAGCCCAUCGCACUCAUCAACAAGUACUUGCGCACCGACUACCCGAGCAUUCAAGGUUUCUGGACGCCAUUCACGAACCGGCCGACGGAGCAGAACCUCAUCAAGUUCCCAAACGAGGAACUCAGCGAGUUCAAAUCCGUGUUUCCGACCGCAACCGAGCAGCUCAAGGAAUGGGCUGCCCAAGACUGCCCAGAGACAUCGCAAGCGAAGGAGUGAUAGCUGUGUUAGGACUUUCAGUACUAGUAAACAAAUAAAUAUCAGUUUUUGUCAUGUU